AUGGGCUUGAUUGCGUCCUUAGUGCGCCCGGCUCCUGCGCCGGCCGUGCGCAGUGGCGUCGCGCGCUGCGCCUACGAUGCCUCUGGGGAGAUUGGUGCCUGCGACCCGCUGCUGUUCUGGGACCCCAUCGGCUACUGCCAGGACGGCUGCACGAAGGAGGACUUCGACCGCCGCCGAGCAGUGGAGCUGAAGCACGGGAGGUUGUGCAUGGUCGCCACCAUUGGCAUGGUUUGGCCGGACAUCUUCGGCAAGUUCGAUGGUUACUUGUCGCCAUCGCAGAACUUGAAGUUCGCAGACGUCCCGUCAGGAAUUGCCGCUGUGAGCAAGGUCCCUCUGGAGGGCUGGCUGCAGAUCUUGCUCGUGGCAGGACUUAUUGAGACGCAGCUCUUCAAGGACCAGUCCUUCGGUGGCUUCGGUUUCGCCAAGUAUGGUCAGGAGCCCGGCAACUUCGGGACCGGAUACUGGGGCAGGAAGAUCCAGGAUCCGGCCGAGCGUCGGCUGAAGUUGACCACAGAGCUGAACAACGGAAGGCUGGCAAUGGUCGCGAUGUCUGGCAUGCUGAUUCAGAACGGCCUCACUGGACAGUCUCCGAUCGAGCAGCUCACUGCCGGGCACAUUUCGCCCUUCAACGACGGUCAGGGCUUCUUCGCCUUUGACCCUUCGCAGGAACUUGGUGCGUGCCCUCCUCUUGGCUACUGGGACCCAUUCGGCAUGAUGGCCUUCCAGGAUGAGGAGAAAUUCCGCCGGAAUCGUGAGCUGGAGCUGAAACACGGACGGAUCUGCAUGGUUGCCACCAUCGGGAUGAUCGUGCCUGACCUCUUCGGCCGCUUCGGUGGCGACUUAUCACCCAGCAUGGGCCUGAAGUUCUCCGACAUUCCUUGCACGAUUGAGGCCAUCUACAAGGUUCCGACCUUCGGCUGGUUGCAGAUCUUUGCUCUCGCCGGAGCCAUCGAGGCCAAGAACCAGGCCUUCCCUGAGAACUAUGGCUAUCCUCCCUUCUGGGGACGGAUUAACACUCUUGAGCCAGAGGAGAAGCAGAAGAAGCUGCUUGCCGAGAUCAACAACGGCCGCCUGGCUAUGGUUGCGAUGGCUGCCAUUGUGGCACAGAAUGGUGCCACAGGCCAGUCCCUGGUCGAGCAGUUUACCACCGGAAACCUGAACCCCUUCGUGGGUGGCUAUGCUCAGCGUGAUGCUUCUGAUCGCUUGGCUCUGCGAGCUGAGUUCGGCUCCGGCGCCGGCAAGUCCACGGCUAUCCCUUGGGAUCCCAUCCCAGAGGGCCUCAGCAACGACAUCUUCAACAGCACCUACGUGGGCGAUGUGGGCUUCGACCCUGCAGGCUUUGCCAAGAACCAGCGCCUGCUGCCUUGGUACCGUGAGGCGGAGCUUGCUCACGGGCGCGUGUGCAUGCUGGCAGUGCUGGGCUACACCGUGCAGACUUCCGGUGCCAAGUUCGAGCCCUUCAUCACCCGAUACCCGACGGACUCCGCGGACCCACUGAAGGCGGCCACGCAGGUGCCCAUCGUCGGCUGGCUUCAGAUCAUUGUCGUGAUUGCCCUGUCGGAGCUUUGGCGCUACGAGAAUGUCAUCAGCAAGUAUUCUCAGGGCGUCCAGCCUGGAGAUCUUGGCUGGAAUCCGACGGCACCGGUGAGCAGCCCACGCCCCAAGUGGUUCGGGCCCACCUUCACUGCGGCGUAUCAGCCAGAGGAGUGGAACAACAUGAAGCUCCGAGAGAUCAAGCACUGCCGUUUGGCCAUGGUGGGCUUCUUCUUCAUGGUCCUCCGAAAUGCCUCCACCGGUGAGGGCCCCUCGCUGCUCCCCAACUUGACGACAGCCGAGUUCCAGUCUUCCGUCGACGCAUCGGCAGCCCGCGAGCAGAAUGCCGGCUCCCACAUCUUCGAAGAUCGACGCACGCCUGCAAAGAAGAAGAACUUCAGUAACUUGCUUCUCUUCCCUUUGCUGCUCCGACAUAUCGAGAGCAAUGCCAACCAAAGCGCUUGGCAAUGCGAGUUCCAUUCUGGCCUUGAUUAUUGCCGUCGAUAUGCUGAGCCAACUGAUGUCCGAGCAGAUGUCAGCAGGCAGAUCUGCCAAGCAGAGUGCCUAAAGCAGGCAACCUGCGCAGGAAUUUCUCACGACGGUAGUGAUUGCGAUUUAUGGACGGAGGAAUGCAACUUCACGUCUCUCCCGGUAGGCAACUACACACUCAUGUCGCGGAGCUGCUUUACGACAGCAAGUGCCAGAGGGUUUGGCUUGGUGCUGGGGCGCCCCAGCGCCGUACGAAGUUUGCGCAUUGCAGCGCUGACUCCUCCCGGCCGCCAUGGCCAAGAAAUGGUUAACGCCUGGCUCAUAUUUGUCGAUUGGCUGAAUCGCCGUGGUGGGCUUCAAAUUGGCAGAGCAAAGUAUCUGCUUGAGCUGCUCCUGGCCGAUGAGCAGGACGGAUGGCAAAUCGCUGUCGAAAAUGACAUUCCCUACCUCCUCGGCCCGUGGAGAUCUUCCGGGGAUCACACUGUCCCCAUCGUCACGGCGACAUCUGGCACACACACCCAUGCACAGUUGCCCCAGGCCUUCAGCUUUGGGAAGAACUUGACCAAGCGCCAUACAGCAAUGCUGCUGCAGAGCGUGCGCGGCGUUGGUGGCAUCGCGUUGCUGACAGAGCCCGGCGUCGAAGAGCUGUGUGAGGUAUCACCGGAGCUGCUGAGUGAGCUGGGUCUCUCGGAUCCAUGGCGGCAGCAGGUCCGUGGUAGGUGGACGUGGCAGCUCAGCGGCACCAGCGCCGACUUCUUCGGCAACCUAGAAGGUGCGAUCCUUUUGGCAUGCCUCGAAACCGAGAACGCAAAGAGGUUGGUCACAGAGCUCAAGCACCGAGGCGUGUUUCCAGCCGCGGUGCUGCUGCCGUUUGCGGAGCUUUCGACCUUGAUGACAGACAUGGGUCAGGAUGCGAACUGGCUGCUUGGAAUGGGGUGUUGGGCCACUGGGCCGAUGCACGGGCAGCAGGCGCUUAGCCUCAGGACCGACUACACUCGCACUGCCUUUGCGUUGGCGUAUCAGCAGCGCUUCUUCGACCUGCCGGGAUUGGCGGCCUUUGAGGCUCUGGCUGUGCUGGAGCUACUGGCUCUCUCUCUGCAGGGUCCAGAUACCGAUGUUUGGGCUGCUUUGGAGCCCCUUUCAGCGGAAACUGUGGCUGGCUACGUCAACUUUACCGAUCUGCCGAACACCUGCCAUGUGGUCCAAGCGCUUGCUGACUCGACUGAGCCUAUCGUGGUCUUCCCCGAAACUGUACAGGAGCGGUCGCUGGUGUUUCCCGCACCCGGUUGGCAGGAAAGAAACUGUACCUCGCCAGCGCCCGCCAGUUCUCGCUGGGGCUUCAGUGGGGCGGAAUGCGGCCAGUGCCCGGAUGGCCAGGUAUCAGCUUUCAGGACGGACCUGCAGCGGAGACAGUGUCGGGAUUGUCCAGCUGGCAAGGUGUUCAUGGCUCUGAAUGCUGUGGAAGGCUUCUGCCUGUUGACCUGCUCACCUGGCUUCUUUGACAACAGCAACAUUUGCGAUCCCUGCCCUAACGGCACCUUCCGCUCCGAGGACAUGCCUUCCCACACGUGCCGCUCGUGCCCUCUCGGGCACUCCAGCCAGCAGGGCACCUCCAAGUGCCGGAAGUGUUCUCCGGGCACCUAUGGGCCUGCUGAAGGACUGCGCCAGUGUGAGUUGUGCGGACCCGGUUCUUUCACAAGUGCAGCAGGUUACUCCAGCUGCCGUACGUGUCCAACAGGCCGCUUCUCAGCGACGUCCGGAACAUCCGAGUGCCAAAAGUGCCCGAGUGGAGCUGUUGCCAACACCUCCGGGGCAAGUGCCUGUGAUGUCUGUGAGCCGGGCACCAUGAGCCUCCUGGACGCGACCCGAUGUGAGAGGUGUGCCCUCGGCCAGUACCAGCCAGCUUUUGGCCAGUCCAGCUGCAUCAAGGAUCAUGACGGCUCUUCAAGUGCAGUGCCUGGAACCUCCACGCCUUCCAAUGCAAAAGGCUACUUCCUGGUGCGCUACAUCAGUGUCGAGGGAAGUGAGCCUUUGGCAGACAUUGAGCGGUGCGAUGCCAUGCCGGAGGCGUGUUUGAAGAACGAGGUAUGCGCAGGAGGACAUGCAGGUCGCCAUUGCUACUCUUGCCUGCCUGGCUUCAUCAGCAGUGGAACCUGCAGCCGAUGUCCGGAUCGACUGUAUGGGGUCAUCUUUGCUGGGAUGUAUUUUUUGGGCUAUGUGGUCGUCAUCCAGCUGCUCAUGGCCACUGUAGAUCUGACCAGCAAGAAGGACUGUCAUUUGAUUCUCUUCAAGAUCUUGCUAAACCAUUGUAUCGCCAUGGCUGUGCUCGGCGCGCAGAUCCAGCGCUACAUCACCCAGGCAGGCCUGUUGAGGGAUCACAUCGCCAUCAAGCUCAUUUUGGAGAUCUUGCUGGCUACGGAUGGAGCUCCGGAAGGCGAAGCAAGCUGGUUUUCUUUAUCCUGCUUAAUGCAGCCAUACUUGGGAGCUGAAGAGCGAAGCAUGAUGAACCGGAUGGCGGCCGCCCGGCAUCAUGACUUCGACCUGGAGGAACUCAGACCUGCACAAGAUGCGCUUGGGAAUUACCAGCGCUUGAACGAGACUUUCGUCGUUCUGACUUGGAAUUUGCUGCCAUUCCUCGUGGUGCUUUUUUCCGGCAUUCUCUGCUACGGCCUCCUUGACCGCUACAUGAGGUCGCGCUUGGACAUUUGGGUAGAUGCCGCUGACUUUUACAGCCAGGUGUGUUGCUUCGGUGGCCGCGUCGCAGCUUUUUGGGACGAGGCACAAGGACAGAUCUUCAUGGAUGUCUACCAGAAGAGACUGUUGGGACUCUUCUGGCCCGUGCAGUACAUUGCAUCCUUCUCCUCAACACACAGGGGAGCUAGCAGCUUGCUCCGUCUCCCAUCGUUCGCACAUUUCUGGCGAGAUCACCUGCCAGCGCGGGCGGCAGUCUUUCAGCUGAUGCACUUUGCAGUAGCCAGACGAAACCUGCGUGCCUUGACAUGUGUGAACUUGGGCAGCCGAGCUGGCGGCAUCUCUGUGCUUAUGCGGCAGGGAUCCGUAGGCUGCCGUCCUGAAGAUCCAUUGCUGAUAAUUUCGUUAGUGCUGGCCUUCUUCUGGGGAGUCGUGUAUCCCUCCGUCAUCAUGCGAGGACUCCGGCGCGAUGUUCCCCGUCUUUCUGAUCCGCACGUCUUGAAGCGCUGGUCCACGAUAAUCAACGGUUAUUCGCGGACAGUCUGGUGGUGGGAAGGUGCUAUAUUUAUCCGCAAGUUUGCUUUCCUGGUCCUGGAGGUGCUCCCAGUUGGCUCCGAGGCUCGCACCCUCCUCUUCGUCGUCACCUGCAUCUUGUCGCUCUAUUCGCACGAGGUGUACUUGCCUUUCGAUAGCCGCCAAAAUGGUGUGCUGAACCGCAUUGAAAGGUUUCAGCUUUGGUGCGCGCUGUUGCCGUCCUUGGGCGGCUUGAUUCUCAUGCAGGCUACAGGAAUGACUGAGUCCAGGUUGCCCUUGUAUUGGACGGCAGUAGUUGCAGCGUGCUUCGCUUGCCAUCUUGGUUUUCUAUUCGCCUGGUGCUAUGCCUUCUUUCAAAAUGCUGCGCUACGUGCGGCCUCGUGGUUGGGUCAACAGUCCUUGCCUCGCCGACGAGGUGUGUUUCGUGACACCGUGAAGAUCGCCGGCGACUGGGCCGCCGCACGUUCACAUGCAGCACCAUAUGCUGCUUUCCACGCAAUGCACGGUUUCGUUACAGUCAGCGGCAGUGGCGCCGAUGAGGCAUUGGUACCCUACCUUCCGCGAGGUCACGACCUUCUCGACACCAUGCCAGACUGGACAUCUUACCGGUUGAGGCUGUCAUCGAUACCAGUGUUCACACACAAGGUCACAACAUCUUCACCCUCAGCGAGGCUGGCACUUCACCAGAAUCUGAUGUACACGGUGGAGCACAUACUCAGUGGCCCGGGGUCGAAGUCCGUCUUCAGCGCCAGCAUCGUGGAGUUCGCUUUGCGUGCAGCCUUCCUGCUCUUCGGAGAGGAUGUCCGAAAGGUGCACAAGAACAGGCAAGCGCCGCAGGAUGUGACAAGGCAAGCCUUGGACCGAGCGAACUCUGCCCGCGAUCCGAUCCUCAUGCGAGAUGCAAAUGGUGCCGGUGAUCUAAGCGACGAAGACGACAUAGACGACCCCGCGGGAGCCAAGGAGCCCCUGUCGAAGGCAGCGAGCGCUGAACUUUCCAAGGAUUUGCAUCGCCACAUGGAUGUUCUGUCGUCUUGGCCGGCCUUCGCCUCUCUCCAGCGAUUGGCAGCUCGUGUCAAAGCAGAAGGCCGAAGUGUUAGGAAGGCAGAUUUGGAAAGCCUCCGUCGCACGGCCCAGUGCGACAACAAGGUGCAGGCCGAGUCACAGCAAGAUGCCAGCGCCGCAAGCCCUGCUCACCUCACUUCCGACAGCGAAGAUGAGGAAGACAGACAGGAGCAUCGCACCUUAGACCUCCGGAAAGAUUGCCGAUCAAAGGUGUCGGCCAUGUUCUCGGAUUGGCCCUAUUUUCGUGGACUAUCUUUGGGAGACCUACAAAGGGGCCUUGCGUUAGUGCGACAAGUUCCGCGCCAACAACUUGUGGUUUGGCUGGAUGUCUUCGAAGAGCAUCGCGUACCGGAGCUGCUCCGGGCAGACUACGUUCUGCGGCGUUUUGCAAUCCUCCGCGAGGCAAGCGCGGAAACGCAGCUCGUAACGUACGAUCGGUCUGUUGGGUUCGGUCCACAGCCUACGUGGACUGCCAUGGUGCAGCAGGAACAGACAAAGCUCCAUGUUGCAUUGAAAUGGGCCCGGCUCCUCUUCUGGUAUACAUGUGGCCAGUUCGUCGUGUUCAAGGUGGCCCACCUGAAAUGCAUCAGGGAGAAGCGGCGAGGAAUGGUUAAGAUCGACAUCGCUGCAGAGGCUCCGAUUCCUGCAGACCGUGCACCUGGACUAGAUGCGGUUCGCACGUUUAACGUCAACGUGUCUUCGCUUGUCGUGUCCGAUGAG